AUGGCUUCUACAACAACAGAGGCAGAGAAGGGAUCUCCAGUUGUGGUGGGGUUGCUGGUCGUGGGCAACAUCAUCAUUCUGCUGUCAGGCCUGGCCUUGUUUGCCGAGACCGUAUGGGUGACUGCCGACCAGUACCGUGUGUACCCGCUGAUGGGAGUCUCAGGCAAAGACGACGUUUUUGCUGGUGCCUGGAUUGCCAUCUUCUGCGGCUUUUCCUUCUUCGUGGUGGCCAGCUUUGGUGUGGGUGCAGCACUCUGUCGCCGCCGGUCCAUGAUCCUUACGUACCUGCUGCUCAUGCUGAUCAUCUACAUCUUCGAGUGCGCCUCCUGCAUCACGUCCUACACCCACCGAGACUACAUGGUGUCCAACCCAUCCCUGAUCACCAAGCAGAUGCUGACUUUCUACAGUGCAGACACGGACCAGGGCCAGGAACUGACCCGCCUCUGGGACCGCAUCAUGAUCGAGCAAGAAUGCUGUGGCACGUCUGGCCCCAUGGACUGGGUGAACUUCACAUCAACCUUCCGGGCAGCCACUCCAGAGGUGGUAUUCCCCUGGCCCCCACUGUGCUGUCGCCGGACAGGAAACUUCAUUCCCAUCAAUGAAGAGGGCUGCCGCCUGGGCCACGUGGACUACCUGUUCACCAAGGGCUGCUUUGAGCACAUUGGCCACGCCAUCGACAGCUACACGUGGGGCAUCUCGUGGUUUGGGUUUGCCAUCCUGAUGUGGACGCUCCCCGUGAUGCUGAUAGCCAUGUAUUUCUACACUACACUUUGAGGAGCAAGAAC